UCCGAUAUUUACUCGCCUUCCAGUUGUGUACAACAUUUUGCAUCGUCUGCUUUGGGAGUUUUUCUUACUUUUAUCACUCUUAUAAUGUCGAAUUCUGGGUCAGAAUCCGAGUUCUCCGACGAAGAACAAGGAGCUCAAACGUUUUCUAUCCAGCCGUAUCAGUUUGAACCGCGGGUAAACACGGAUGAGAGGGAUAUCAACGCUGAAAGUCUUUCAGGCGACGAGUCCAUGGAAGGCUGCGAAGAAUUGAAUCCAAGACUGGAAAAUUCCGACUGGUAUGUGCUGUGCUGUUUGCUUCAUUGUAAUUCUUUUACCGAUGUGCGAAAUAAACUUCUGUGUGGCCCAGAUGUCGUGUUCGUAAUUGUUUCUUUUUUGUUUGUUUUUUUCGUUUUGAGAGUCUUGAGUACGUAAAAAUUUCAUUAUCGAGCGGCCGACAAAUUGCUUAGUGUUCCUAGUUUACAAUAUGUCUUGCGAAUUAGGUGCUGUGAACGUGAAAGCUGCUAAAAACCUAGCAUAAAUUCCCUCCUCCCCCCGCAGCUGGACUUUUCAAGUAGAAGGGAAGGAUUUUGCACAAUUUUCUUGGCGCUUCGCUGUCUUUUAUAUAAGCUAACACUAGCACGGGUGCAAACAAAAAGAAUUAUAUUUUUGUAAAUGUUGAUCUUCACUACACAUAGGUUCUUUAAAUCAACAGGCCUGCCGUUGGUCCUGCCUAACCUAUUUCAGGAGAGAAUUUUAUUUACAUGUUUAACUAUCUAAAUUUGCCAGUGUCUUCACUUUCUUUACUAGCUUGUAUAAACAGUUUUGUUCAACUCAAACAAAAUUAAUCUGCUUCAGCAUAUUUUAUCUACAUAUCACAAAAAAAGUUAGUAACAUCUAAAUCUUACGAAACCUUACAUUGUUGUCUUAAAUCAGCUCUCAAUUGCUGGUGUUUAUCCAGCUUCUUAACCUGUACCUCAUGUUAAAUGUAGAACAAUGCAGUUUUUGUUUCCCAUCUAUGAUUUAGGUGCUCAUGUGAUAAUUGCCAGACUAUGGGGAGAGCGGAGGCAUGCGUAUGCUGCCAAGAAAUAGAGCAGGUUAAAAAUGAGCUUAAUGAAGCAGUUACUAGUGGUGAAUGUGAGGAAGAGCCAACAUGCAUCACGCAGCAUCCAGGGUUCCAUCCAGUGUGUAUAAAUAGAUGGGUCCUGGAGACUGCAUGGUAUCAAUAUAAGCAACAAUACAAAGAAUCUUUUGAUGGUCCUGAAGACAAACUCUACAGGCACAUAGCAUACAGACAAUUGGCCCGAUGGUGCUGGGGAAUCCUGGGCAAGGAAAUUAGUGUUGUGCUUCCUUCAUGUGCUGUAAUGUGUAUUAGGAACUUCUUUCCUCCAUCUGGGCCUGAGGAGGAGUUUGUCUUUACAGGGUUUAAAUAUGCAGACGAGUGA